AGCAGCGAGCGGCCGCGCCCCCCGCGCUGCCAACCCGCGAGCCCGCAUCAUGGAUGUCGAGCUCUCCUAUUUCGCAUUGCUCGCCCUGGAAUUCGAGACCCCAGACGAGGACCAGGAUUCAUGAAUCGGCCGCAGGGGCCGGGGCAGGGGCCUCUGGCUCCCGACACUGGCCGAGAGGUGAUGAGUGAGGUUCGAAGGACGGAAGAUUUAAAAAGCAGCCGGGGCCUCCGUAUUGAAUGAAAGACCCAGUGCAGAGACAUCACCAUGAACACUAGCAUUCCUUAUCAGCAGAAUCCUUACAAUCCACGGGGCAGCUCCAAUGUCAUCCAGUGCUACCGCUGUGGAGACACCUGCAAAGGGGAAGUGGUCCGCGUGCACAACAACCACUUCCACAUCAGAUGCUUCACCUGUCAAGUAUGUGGCUGUGGCCUGGCCCAGUCAGGCUUCUUCUUCAAGAAUCAGGAGUACAUCUGCACCCAGGACUACCAGCAACUCUAUGGCACCCGCUGUGACAGCUGCCGGGACUUCAUCACAGGCGAAGUCAUCUCAGCCCUGGGCCGCACCUACCACCCCAAGUGCUUCGUAUGCAGCUUGUGCAGGAAGCCUUUCCCCAUUGGAGACAAGGUGACCUUCAGUGGUAAAGAAUGUGUGUGUCAAACGUGCUCCCAGUCCAUGGCCAGCAGUAAACCCAUCAAGAUUCGUGGACCAAGCCACUGUGCCGGGUGCAAGGAGGAGAUCAAGCACGGCCAGUCACUCCUGGCGCUGGACAAGCAGUGGCACGUCAGCUGCUUCAAGUGCCAGACCUGCAGCGUCAUCCUCACCGGGGAGUACAUCAGCAAGGAUGGUGUUCCAUACUGCGAAGCCGACUACCACUCCCAGUUUGGCAUUAAAUGUGAAACUUGUGACCGAUACAUCAGUGGCAGAGUCUUGGAGGCAGGAGGGAAGCACUACCACCCAACCUGUGCCAGGUGUGUACGCUGCCACCAGAUGUUCACUGAAGGAGAGGAGAUGUACCUCACAGGUUCCGAGGUUUGGCACCCCAUCUGCAAACAGGCAGCCCGGGCAGAGAAGAAGUUAAAGCAUAGACGGACGUCUGAAACCUCCAUCUCACCACCUGGAUCCAGCAUUGGGUCACCCAACCGAGUCAUCUGCGCUAAAGUGGAUAAUGAGAUCCUUAAUUACAAAGACCUGGCGGCUCUCCCCAAGGUUAAGUCCAUCUACGAGGUACAACGCCCCGACCUCAUUUCCUAUGAGCCUCAUUCCAGAUACACGUCCGACGAGAUGCUGGAGAGAUGUGGCUAUGGAGAGUCACUGGGAACAUUAUCUCCCUACUCCCAGGACAUCUAUGAGAACCUGGACCUCCGGCAGAGACGUGCCUCCAGCCCGGGGUACAUAGACUCCCCCACCUACAACCGGCAGGGCAUGUCCCCCACCUUCUCCCGCUCACCUCACCACUACUACCGCUCUGGGCCCGAGAGUGGCCGGAGCUCUCCAUACCAUAGCCAAUUAGAUGUGAGGUCCUCCACUCCAACCUCUUACCAGGCUCCCAAGCACUUUCACAUCCCAGCUGGAGACAGUAACAUCUACCGGAAACCCCCAAUCUACAAACGGCAUGGUGAUUUGUCUACAGCAACCAAGAGCAAAACAAGUGAAGACAUCAGCCAGGCCUCCAAGUACAGUCCCGCCUACUCGCCAGACCCCUACUAUGCUUCGGAGUCUGAGUACUGGACCUACCAUGGGUCCCCCAAAGUGCCCCGAGCCAGAAGGUUCUCAUCUGGAGAGGAGGAUGAUUUUGACCGCAGCAUGCACAAGCUCCAGAGUGGAAUUGGCCGGCUGAUUCUGAAGGAAGAGAUGAAGGCCCGGUCAAGCUCCUAUGCAGACCCCUGGACCCCUCCCCGGAGCUCCACCAGCAGCCGGGAGGCCCUGCACACAUCUGGCUAUGAGAUGUCCCUCAAUGGCUCUCCUCGGUCACACUACCUGGCUGACAGUGAUCCUCUCAUCUCCAAAUCUGCCUCCCUGCCUGCCUACAGAAGAAAUGGGCUGCACAGGACGCCCAGCGCAGACCUCUUCCACUAUGACAGCAUGAACGCGGUCAACUGGGGCAUGCGAGAGUACAAGAUCUACCCUUAUGAACUGUUGCUGGUGACUACAAGAGGAAGAAACCGACUGCCCAAGGAUGUAGACCGGACCCGUUUAGAGCGCCAUCUGUCCCAGGAAGAGUUCUACCAAGUCUUUGGCAUGACGAUCUCCGAGUUUGACCGGCUGGCCCUCUGGAAGAGGAAUGAACUGAAGAAGCAAGCCCGGCUGUUCUAGGCAGAGGCUCUAUAAAUAUAUAUGCAUUUAUAUAAAGAUAUAUGUAAAAUCUCUCUACUGAAGCUCGGUAUAAUCCUCUCUUGUGUAAUGGGACACACUGCCUGCCAUGAGACUUGCUUUUCUGUGCUGUCAGGCAAGCCCACAUCAUCGAGAUGUUUUUAUGCUCUCUACUUCCUCUUUUCUAAGUGCUGUGGGAUCUGGGAAGGGAUUUGAGGGGACUCUGUCCUUUUAUUGGGGACCCUUUUUAUACUGAAACAUCUGUCCUAACUUGAGUGCCCCAAGGUCCAACUCUCUUUCCUAAAGAAGGUGCCUGAAGAAGUCUCUCUUCUCUUUGCUUCGUGGCCCCUUUCUUAAACUUCUAGGGCUCAUGCUGACCACAUGGUUUCCACACCUUAUUGGCCCCAGAGGGGCCCUCCCAUGGGAAGAUCUGCAGCAGUCUCCCCAAAUCAAUGAGCGCCUUUAAGCGCCCAUGAAGAACUUUCUCAACACCCCUAAUUAGGAGCUCAGUGCUCUCUGGGGGCAAUGCAGUUAAAAGUGUGAGCCUCAAAUCUGGUCAUUAUACCAGUCAACAGAAGUGGACAGGGCCUAGGCCUCUCCUCAGCUCCUCAACCCUCCUCCUUCUGCCCUGGACUGUAGCCUCUCCCUUGUUCAAAUCUAGGAUUCAUGGUAGGAAAAGAAAAAGGCCCUUCCCUUCCCUCUACCACUUCCAGCUGGCCCCUUUGCCUGACCUGGACUUGGAGAACCAGAGGAAAGGAGAGGGAGCGGAAGUGGGAGAUAGAGCAGGGCACCUAUUAGAAUCAGAGCUGCAGGCUCUCUUGGCAUCCUCCUCUCUCCCUCACUGCUCCCAGCACCUCCCGACCCUUCCCACUUUCAAGGAGAGGCCCAUGAUGGCAGCCUGUAUUCUUUAGCCUUAUUACAAUCUACGUGCCUGACAACUCAACACCGCAGGGCUAACAUUCCCACCAGAGCUCCAACCGAACAACCAGACAGACGACUCUCACUACCCUCCAGAGAGAAAACAGGCUAUGUCCCAAAGAAAGGUUCUUGGUCUAUGCCUCUGGUCUGUGGGCUGGCAGGACAACCAUACCAUACCUCCACCAGUCCUCAGCUUGUGCUGAAAAGUUAGCCAUAUUUAAUGGGGAAACUUUUGGAAGAGUGGCUGCUUACAAGAUUUCAAAAUGAAGUGUUGGCCAACAGCACUCAUGGCCAUCCUGGAUUUCCCCGGUGGCUUCCUUUCCUGCCUGCUCACCUCCCUGAACAGGGGAGAAGGCUUAACCUCUCUUCACCUCUCCAAAACUUUCACCUUGAGUGGGCAAUGUUUGGUGGGAGCUGUUCCUUCUUGGAGAUGCCUUGAGUUGGACUAUCUUGAGGUCAUGGAGGAAGGAUGAAGAAUUGAAAAUGACAAUAAUGACUCUCAAGAGGCUGGUGAUGUGACAUGGCAAACGUAGAACUGACUUAAACUGAACAAACCCUCACUGCGCACCUCUGAUGUUAAGCACCUGCUGAAUACUGAGCACUGAAUGGGGGAGGGGAGGGGAGCACCAGGGUGAGUCUACCUGGGACUGAGUCUCAGGGGCAUGCCUACUAACAGUGGGUAUCGUAAGGCUGUACCCAAACAUAACGGAUGUAAGGCAGAAAGUGAUCAGAGAAGGAAUGAGAAAGUGUACGUGAUGUUACUGAAAAGUCAUAUGCAGUUAGAGCAGACCAAGGAAAGCCUUCUGGAAGAGACUGCAUCUGAGGAAAAUUCAGCAGAAGGAUCUUUGUAGAUUGGGAGGAGAUUCUGAGUGGAAGGGGUGAUAGGGUGAGGGCCAAAGGGAAGUUGGCUGUGCUCUCAUUUAGGAUGUCAGCCGUCCCUGCAACUUCUCUUUUUGGCCAGUAUCUUUUCACUCUCCUGACCCUUUAGAAACGUCCCCAGCAAGAUGCAAACACUGAAGCUGCCUCAUCGUCAGUGGUUAAGAACUUGGCGAGAUUGAGGGGAUUUUGUUAUUGUUGUUGGAUAUUUUUGUUUCCCAUAAAAGCACAUCAUUUCAACCCCAAA